AUGAUUAUGCGCGGUAGUCUUAACUCUCAUGUCGACAUCAAUGCUUCACUUUUCUUUGCGAAGCAUAACAAUGAUUCGAUUACUACUACUGAAAUAACGGAAUCGCACGGAUUCCUCAUUUUUAAUAUAUGUGAAUAUGAAGAUACGAAGGGUACUGCUACAUUUGAUAAUCAUGAAAAAGCCAUCUGCCGAAACUCGGGCUCAAACCUCAUGUGGCAUUUUCUUAAACGUGAUUCGAAGUGGUCCCCUGAUUUGGUUGUGCUUACUUUCCAGUCUCGACGAUGGGAUCCUCCUAAUAAUGCUGAACAUAAUGGCGUAAAGUUUCAGUUUACAAUCUCGAAUGAGGAUAUUGACGAGGUUCUACAUGUUCCAGCGAUACGUGGCGUUCGGAUUAGAAUGGAAUUUACAGAACAGCUUAUGAAACCUAAAUCGCGUCUAGGAGUUGGAAUGCUUAUCUUUACGAAUUCAUCAAUACAAAAUAAUCAGAAAUUUUUGCAGACUGGCACCUUUAAUUUUGGAAUGGAAUUGGAGCCCGGUAACUUUUUAUCCACCUCGAUACAGUUGGACAAGCGAGAUCCCCCAGAGCCCAAGCCUCCAAAUGCAUCCCCAGCCUACUUAUUCUGGCGAGAUGUCUGCUUUGUUGAUGCUGAAGACAGAUGGCAUUCUGGACGUCGAGUGGUUGCCUUCCAGUCAGUUCUACCGCAUACUCACAAAGAAAACCAACACGUCAAUCGCUCACUACCGCAAAUCAUUUAUGGUGCGAAACGCUUUAACAUUCAUCUUCGCAAUAAUGACACUGUUGCUGUAAUGGAAGAAUGGUUCGGUUUUGGUAGUCCUUUGGACGGUUUCUAUGCCAAGACAAACUACACUGACUGGACGUUUGUUAUGGCUCUGGGUCACCUUCCGCCUGAUAAUUCGCCACAUGCUGGACGUCUUUUUGCGCCUCUGAUUAUGCCCCUACUAGUUCUUGUGGUAACUUUGGCUUACUAUUUCGGUCGUAGACGCUUCUGUCCCUUGCCAACUGCCGAUCUUCCCGAUAUGACGCAGCCACUUAUUGAUGAAAUAAUCGAUGACGGUGGUAACGGUUAUCCUGGUUUUGGUGAUCCGUGUGUUGAAGAAGCUUGCGAAAAUGCUACUGAAAUCCCCUCGCCAGCGCCCAAUUCCUACGGAGCUAUUUAA